AUGACUCUGGAGUGGCCACGGUUAAUGUGCCUUGGCAUGUUACUUCACUACAAUCUUAAUCUUACAUUUUCAGCCCCACCCUGCAUUCCCGACAGGCAUCAAGCUGAUGUGUUCAAAGGCUUGGCACCUUUGAAAUCCCAGCCUGCAAAAUCACGAAGGCUUGCUCAGGAGUUUGAUAUAACCUUUACAAAUCCAAAUUCCCUCCCUUCCUAUUUGUAUGAUGAUCAUUUUCAUUCACAUGACGAGUUUUUAUUUCCACACGAGCUCUUUGUAGGCGAUAUGUUUGAAUCCGAUGGCUGGAAGGAACAAGCGCUGUCCGAACCUUGGGAAGAAGGACCCGGAAUUAUUGUGUCACCAUCAGGAGAAAGGGGUAUUUCUAUGAUUGGCGAUGAUGACAAUGGAUACGAUGAACCGGUUGAAGGGGCCGCCAGUCAGGAUGAAAACUCAGAUUUCAUCCUGGGGAAAAACUCGAGAGCCAAAUCAACAGGGGAAGUUGAUUAUCCUCUAAUCCAAGCGCCCAAGAAGUCCCAACGGGUCCUAACGGAAAAUUGGCAUCAGUUGGCGGACUUGGGCAGGCGUGAUAUCUCAAAGAUUUAUAGAAUUGCACUGAGGAAAAUUAAGAUCCAAGAUAUUAAAGAUGAAGCAAUUACUGAAAAGUACAAGAAACGCAUUAAAGGCAAAUUGGACAAGAUGGCAAGACACACGUUUGGAUCGGAAAUCUUAAAAAACUUACCAAUCAAAAUUGGAAAGAUUAAACAAUUUGCUGGGAGUAACAUGUACAAUGUCCAGAUAAGACCUAUGAAGAAGGGCAGUUCAACAGUAACAAGAAGAAACCCUCACAAAAUCUUCAACAUUAUUGAUGUUGUUAGCUAUUACCACAAUUUAGCCAUGCUAGGUGGACUUGAUCAAGUGAUGUUUGGGAUGGAAGGCAGUGCACAUCAAUAUUUAAUCAGAUGGAUUUUCAGGAUUUUGUUCAGAGGGAAUUCAGAUAGUUGGCCAAUAAUUGGCCAAAUCAAAGUUGCAUACCCACUCCAAGCUCCUGAAAAAUUCUUCCAGAGCAAGCCUCAGAGAUUUCUUUUGAAACUACUAACUGAGGACAAGUUGAUUGGCAAGAUAAAUGGCUUCAAGGUUGCAGUCCAAUUGAUGGGCCAUUGGUAUGAAGACUUUGCUUCUCAAGUCAGCCGCGAAAAUGUCAAUUUUUCAAUAAGCACUCCUCUUUUUCCAUCCAGAACCAGCUUUGACAUGGAGUUUUAUGAAAGAGAAAUUGUGAAGGCAGUAAAAAAAGUUGUAGGAGAACAAGUAUUCCACAAAUGA